AUGUCACUAGACAAAUCGUUUCAACAAUUUGUUCAAGACUCGGAAAGAGAUGAUACAUUAUUUGGAAAUAAUCUAUCGGAGAAAAUCAGAAAUUCAAAAUGUUCUGAAAAACUAGGUUCACAAUUUAAGAAAACUCAACUACCUAAAUCUUUUCCUACUCAAAUACACACCCGACCAGUAACAACUGGUCAGGGAAACGGCUUCAGACCUCGUCCCUCGACGAGCCGGGGAGGGGGACGAGGUGGCCAGAAGAGAACAGCUCCACCUCCACAGCGGCAACCACCGUCGUCAACGGCGAGGUCUUCGUACCAGAGCACGAGCAGGAGUCGUGCCCCAACGCGGCGA